AUGGCUGUAUAUGAGGAACCCUAUGUCGAGGACUACAACUCGGAGCUGUCUGAGGCCAUCCCUCUGACAAGACGACAAACAACAAAGCGUGCUUCGGGUUUGUCAAACUCGAUAUCUGCUGAUUCAACCAGCUAUGAGCCAGAGAGUACAAAUGUGUCGGAUUCUGGAUACUCAUCACACGCUGAGGCCAGCACCCCAGGAGAGACUCCUCCACCCAAAUCAGCAACACCAAGUACCCCAUCAAGGAACCAAGCUCGACCCAGCCGCUCCCCAUCAAAUCCAGCACUCCCGGCAUUCACUAGAUCUUCAAGCAAGUCCUUCUCUCGUGCCCAGGCAUCGGCGGGAACCGUCCCGCGGAACAUCCCAAGCAGCUACAACACGGUGAGGAGGGAAUACAGGGAGAGCUCGCCGUCAACGUCGACCGGUGGUGCGGAUGAUUGCGAUUGUGCGGAUUGUGGAAAGCCUUCAAAGCCUGUGACUAGCUCCCCAAGUAGAAACAGUGGUGCCUGGCCUGCUAGUGUCCCAGAGCACCCGUACCAUGCUACGUACUCUUCAUCGCCCUCGUCUUCUUCGUAUGCUUCUUACCCGUAUCCGUCAAAGUACGAUUCAAAGUACGAUUCAAAGUACGAUUCAAAGUACGAUUCAACGUACGAUGCAAAGUACGAUGCAAAGUACGAUGCAAAGUACGAUGCAAAGUACGAUUCAAAGUACGAUGGUUACAGCGAGAGUGCCCCAACCCACGCUCCGUAUGCCACUGAUCCUCGUGAAAGUUCGUCAAGAAGGGAAAGGUCGUCGACACAGUCAGCGAUGCCUCCUCCCCCGAGACCAUUGUCGACUUUUGCAGGCGCUUCAGCAACAACAUCUUCGCACAGCCCAAGUGGAUCGUGGUCGCAAUCCACCUACAGCAGCUCUGGAUAUGUUGGACACUCCUCAUCACCAGUUCCAGCGGCGCCGGCCCCAUCAUCAACAUGCCCACCAACGUACUCGUCCUCGAUGUAUCCUCCUCCUCCGAUAGACACAUCUGUGCAUUCUUCAUCCCACUCAUACGACUACUCGCCCUAUGCUCCUCCGUCAGCAUCUGCUGCUACAUAUGGACAUUCUUACACUCCUGACCCAUACAGCCAGAGCCCAGUUCCACCGGCACCAAACUACUACCAGGAGCCCAGUUACCACUCGGACAGCCACCACUCGGACAGCUACCAUUCUGACAGCUACCACCAGCCUGAGUAUAGCUCCCUGCCGCCUCCACCCGCGUUUACGGGCCGUAGAGGUAGCAUGCGUGCCUCGGCAAGUGCAGCUGUGCUCGACUCCAGCGAGUACUACACCCAGCCAGAAUACACUCACCCACAGGUAGCGCAGCACCGCGAGCGCCGCUCAAGUAACCGUGUCCACAGUUCCGAGAGGCCCUCGUCAUGGUACAGCCAGUCACAGUUCCAGGAUGUUCCCAGCAGAAGCGUUUCCGUUCCUCCGGCCCAGUCAGAUCCUCAGGCCGCUCAGACAUCGAGCCGUAGAAUGGCAACGCCGCAGCCGAUUAGGAGAAGGGACAGCAGCAACUCGCAGGGAUCGGGCUCGCACUCGUCGAGACUCCCGUCGUCGCUUUCUCGCUCGAUGGAGACUUGUGCUAUUGAUGAUGAGCCGCCUUCACGUUCAUCACGCCAUGGCCACAGCCAUCACCGUAGCAGUGGGUACUAUGAGCAUCAUCAGCAUAGUGCUGUCACUCGUAGGGAUGCGGGGACUUUGAUGCAGAAUAGCCACAGCAACCGUAGCAGCGACUCGGGAAGCAGUGGGUACAGCCAUGAUAGUGGAAGGGAGGAGCUGGUUGUUCUGGAUUCGGAUGAGCCGUUCACUAUGAGGUACCCGGCGGGCGUGCCGGUCAAGUUGUCGCUUAAUGGUGGCCACUCUCCGAGGACAAUCUCUGUGGGAAACAAGAACGAGAACUUUGAGUAUUCAAUAGGAUACAAGUACGUCCAGCAGAGGCAGCAGCAGUUGCAUGCUCAGCUGAGUGGGGGAACUGAUCACUAUGAUCGCCGGACAACCAGCGCGGAUUAUUCACAUAGGAGUUAUGAGCGCCAGAGAGUUUAG